GUGGUUCAAGAAAGGAACAGUGGUGAACCGGUGACAGGGUCAUGGGUGGUCGAGGCUCAUUGAUGCACAUUGGGAGUCCGAACCAACAGAAGAGCUCCUGAAGCUCAAAUUGCUGAAGUAAUGCUGUCAGGGUCAGGACUGUUUCAGCAGCAAAAGGGGGACCAACACAAUAUUAGGUUACCAGGUUACUGGAGUUUUCAUGAAGAACUGGGACUCUCUGGACGAGAAGGGAGUGUGCACCUCAGAAAGAGAUUGUGAAGAUGCCUAUAAAGUGUGCCAAAUGAUGGAUAUGCCGUUCCAUCAGGUCUCCUAUGUCAAAGAGUACUGGCAUGAAGUGUUUAGUAAUCUUCUCGGGGAGUACCAGAAAGGCAGAACACCAAAUCCUGACAUAAUGUGCAACAAACACAUCAAAUUCAAACACUUCUAUCAGUAUGCAGUCAAUAUUUUAGAAGCUGAUGCCAUGGCAACCGGUCACUAUGCAAGAACAUCUCAGGAAGAUGAAGAGGUUUUCCAAAAGUCACUUAAACCAGCUGAUGAAUUUCUUUUCAGAAAUCGUUCGGAGAUCAGAAAAACUGUGCGGCUGUACCAAGGUGCUGAUCGCCUUAAAGACCAAACCUUCUUCCUCAGCCAAAUCGAACAGGAUGCCCUGCGGCGAACCAUCUUCCCACUGGCUGGACUCACCAAAGAAUAUGUCAAGAAAAUAGCAGCCGAGGCAGGGUUCCAUCAUGUCCUGAAGAAGAAGGAGAGUAUGGGAAUCUGUUUCAUUGGUGAGCGACAUUUUGAAGAUUUUAUCCUCCAGUACUUAGAGCCUAAACCUGGACAUUUUGUCUCCAUUGAGGAUGGGAAGAUAAUGGGAAAGCAUAAAGGUUGGUUCACGUUUACUUUAGGACAAAGAGCCCGGAUAGGUGGACAAAAACAUCCUUGGUUUGUGGUGGAUAAAGAUAUCAGGACUGGUGAAAUCUUUGUUGGUCCUACUACCAACCAUCCCGCACUGUUACGAGACACACUGCAGACGAAUCGCUUCCACUGGAUUAGUGGAGAGCCUCCUGCUGAACUGGUGCACACACAGAUGAUGGAGUGUCACUUCAGGUUCAUUCACCAAAUGCCUUUAACUCCCUGUUGUGUGACUUUGAAUCUGGACGGUUCAGUCUGGAUAACGUCAAAGCAGCCACUGAGGGCACUGACUCCUGGACAGUUUGCAGUGUUAUAUAAGGGAGAUGAGUGUCUUGGCAGUGGGAAAAUUGUUCAACUGGGCCCCAGUGAGCACACACUCCAGAGAGUCCGUGUUCAACAGCUACCAGAAUCAGCCGCCUGAAAUAAUCCACGCCGAACACCACAGACACGUGUAUAUUCACACACUGCCUCAAUAUGCAUCCUUACUAGCGUCUGAACAGGAUCAACAAAAAGUGGAAGCGGUUUUAGCAUUUUGUAUAAAAGAAUUGUUAAAUGUAAAAACGAUGGCAUCUAUCGAGAAUGCUACAUUUUACAGUAUGCAAUGUAUGUAAAUUAAUUUACUUGUUAUAUGUAUGACUAUUUCAUUUGUCAGUUUUAUGGCUCACAUUCUACCUGUAAAAAAGAAAUGUCAUUGAAAUACAUAAUAUUGGAUAUUUGUGUA